AUGGGUCCACGUGUCAUUACUUCAUCCAUUGGAAACACAGUUCUCACAGAAUACGAAUUUAUCAAGCCUCUCGGUGAAGGUUCCUUCGGUUCCGUUUGGCUUGCCAACAAUACAGCACUUAACUAUCAAGUCGCCAUCAAAGUUUUACCAAAAGCUCUCUUCACAGAUACAAUUUCUAUUACUCGUCUCCAACGUGAAAUUAAUCUUCAAAAGAAUAUGGACCAUCCAUUCAUUGCUAAGCUCUUCCACCACAUUGAAGAUCCAGAAAAUCAUUACCUUGUAAUGGAAUACGUCGAAAACGGAAACCUCCUUGAUUACGUUAACGAAAAUGGUCGUUUAAACGAUGAGCAAGCUAGAAAGUACUUCCUCCAAUUGAUUUCCGUUCUUGAUUAUCUCCACAACAAGCUUCACAUCGCUCACAGAGAUCUCAAGGCCGAAAACAUCCUUCUCGAUAAGAACAGAAACAUUAAAGUCAUUGACUUUGGUCUUUCUCGCCAAUUUACAGAUGCUGAUCCACAGCUUCAAACAGCUUGUGGUUCCCCAGCGUAUGCCGCACCAGAAAUGAUUUUAGGCGAGCCAUACGAUAAGUCCUGCGAUAUUUGGAGUGCUGGUAUCUUAUUGUACGCUAUUUCUUGCAGAGAACUUCCAUUCGAUGACAAUGAUACGCAGGCUACCCUUCGUAGAAUCGUCUAUACAGAACCAGUUUUCCCACACUACCUUUCUUCAGCUCUUAUUGAUCUUCUUAAGAAGAUGCUCAAGAAGAACCCACAGAAGAGAAUCACACUCGAAGGCAUCAAGAACCACCACUGGUUCUCACAGACACAAUACUCCGUCGCAGAGCCAACCGAUGACGUCUUGACCGAUGAGACCGCUAUCGACAAGCACGUUGUCGACGAAAUGAUCGAACUUAACAUCCCAAUUGAUGGCCUCAACGAAGCUAUUCUCGCAAAGGACAUGAACGCUCUUACAUCUCUCUACGAACAAUUACGUCGUAAGCAUCUCAACACUCCUCCAGAGCAGCGUAUCCCAUCCGCUAAGACUCAGAUCAAGGAUGGUCAGACUAUCCCACCUCUCAAAGCUACACUCGCUAGACCAACUACCAAAUUCCCAUUCGGAGCUGCUAACAAGCCAAGACAGCUUGCUGCUGCUCAGAUGGGUGUCGCUAUCCCACAGCGUAGAAUGUCUCGCCCAGUCGCCGUCAGAAGGCCAAUUAAACCGGCCAUUCCUCCACAGCAGCCUUACGACGCAAGGCCAGCAGCCAUCCUUCAGUAA